AUGACGGCUGCCGCCCUCGACUUUGACGAGGCCGUCUUGCUCAAGACCUACAGCCUCGACACCCUCGAACCCUCGACAUGGCACGUUUCAGACCAGGAUGACGGCGGCAACCGCGGCAACUCGGCCACGAGCGUCGCAGACGAGCCCGACCCGCUCGGCCUCCGCCCCACCAUGGCCUCCUUCCGCAGCCUCAGCAAGGACACAAAGACGCAGAUCUCCCUCUCGAGCAAGACCUUCGAUCCAAAGGUCUUCCUCAGCACCGUUCAUCCGGACGCCACUUUCGCCGACCUCUCCCACGGCGUCACCCACCUCAAGCAGAGCAUCGACCAGCGCUCCGAGGCGCUCAAGGUGCUCGUCGAGGACAACUUUGACCGCUUCGUCGCCGUCAAGGCCACCACCGACGGCGUCUACCGCGAGAUGCGCGAGAGCGACGAGGGACCCCUCCACGACGACGCAGACUACGGCACAAAGCAGCUCAAGCACAUCCUCGCCCAGGCCAGCGCCAAGGCAGACCAGGUCUUUAUGCCCGUGCUCGAAAACAACCUCAAGACUGUCAAGCUGCGCAGCACUCUCGGAGUCUUUGAGCGCUCCAAAUUCUUUUUCAACCUGCCGGGGAGCCUCAGCGACUCGGUGGAGCUGGGCAGGUACGACGUGGCGCUACGAGACUACAAGAAGGGCAAGUACCUCCUCGACAGCCGGCCGGGCCAGCUGCUCGCCUUCAACACCGCCGCGGGCCAGGCUGGCAGCACCGACCCUUCGGCCGCAGGCUCGGCCAAGCAGCAGGCGCAGCAGCGCAGGGUGUUUUCCAAGGUGUGGGACGCCGUCGAGGCGACCAUGAAGGAGAUGCAGUCUCGGCUGUUGGCCCAGCUGCGGGAGCCCAAGCGCAGCGUCGAGGACCAGGAAAAGACGAUUGAGGUGCUGCUCGAGCUCGACCCCAACGACGACCCCGUCUCCGUCUACCUCGAGUCGCAGCGCAACCACAUCCGGUCGCUGAUGCGCAAGGCGUACGACUCCAACGUCGCAAAGGUCGACGCGGUGCAGUCCGUGGGGCGCCUGGUGUCGCGCUCUCAGAAGGAUCGCGCGCGCGACCUGCAAAAGUGCGUCGGCCUCGUGCGCACCGGUGCCUCCUUCGACCGGGCCAUCGGCGCAGACGGCUGGAAGGCCAUCCACGAGCUCGUCCGCAGUGUCUCCGAGACCAUUGUGGGCACGCUGCCUGGCUUCUGGCGCGUGGCCAAGAACCACAUGGAGGGCAAGUUCACAAAGGGCAAGUCGAGCUCCGCCGCCGCGUCAUCGUCGUCGGGGGCCGGCGGCGGCAACGGCUCGGAUCGCAUCUUUGCCCAGUCAAAGGCCUGGGCGACCGAGGCGCUCGAGGCCUACAUCUCUCUCCUUUCGCACUUUUUCACCCUGACUGAUGUGUCCAUCUUGGCGCGCCAGCCGCUCUCGCCGCUGCCGGACUGGGUGCCCGUGGGCUCAUGCUCAGCGACGUCGGCCUUCUACAUGCGGGCGAUCCUGAGCGAACUGAUCGAGGCCGUCAAUGAUCUUGCGGUGCUGGGCAUCACGAGCAGCAGCAGCCUCAAGGGCCUCCUCGCCAACGCCCGCUUCAGAUUCACCGAGGUGCUCUGCCACCAGUGGCAAGAGGACGCCAAGAUCUUCUACCUGCUAGAGGACUGGACGCCCAACACCGAGGAGCAGGCGACGACGCUCUACCUGCGCGACAUGGCGGCGUUCCACAAGAGCAACGCUCGGCAAGCCUAUCACAUCGCCGGCGGGCGUGACACGUCGCUCGACAUCGGUGGCGCUGGCUCGAGCAGCGGCAGCGGCGGCGGCGGCGCGGGACGUUCGCGCGAUCUGGCGGUGCCGUCCGAGUUCACCGGGCGGAUCAAGGCGGCGUUCCUGGAUGCCAUCUACGCCUUCCUCGACGGGCUCAUACAGCUGGCCUUUUCCGAAUACGACCCGCUGGACCCGGCCACGUCGACGAGCCAGAAGGUCAUUGGCGACUCGAAGCUCAUGGUCGAUGUGCGCGACCUCGACACGCGCAUCCUGCUCAGCGUGACCAACCUCACGCACCUCAGCAAGACGAUUGUGCCCAACCUCGUCAAUCAGUUCCAGGACGCCUACCGCGUCAAGAUGGCGGAUGAUCUGAAGACGAUCGACGAGGUGGCGCACCAGCUCGACGGCAUCCUCUUCUCCGACUUCCUACGGCGCAAGUCGGCGCUCAUCACGCAGACGCUGCGCAACGGCAUCCUGUCGUCGGGCAUCAACUGGCAGACGAUCCCCAAGCCGUCGGGCGUGCACCCGUUCAUCUACGAGUCGCUGCUGCUCCUCGUCCAGAUCCACGCCCAGGUGCGCGCCGUGACCAAGCCGCUCGUGACGCGCACGAUCCUGUCGCUGGUCGAGGACCUGGCCAACGAGACGCUCGAGUGCUUUGGGCGCAUCCCGCGCUUCGGCAUGGGCGGCAUGCUCCAGGCCACGCUCGAAAUCGAGUUUAUCCACCAGACCAUGGCGCAGUACAUCAGCGAAGACGCCGACAAGACGCUCAAAAGGGUCUACGAGACCAUCAGCCAAAAGUACCAGCGCGCCGGAGCGGCGGCCGGAGGUGGUGCCGACGAGGCCGAGACGCUCAAGCGCGAGCUCGAGAGGGUCAAGAGGGCCCUCAUGGAUAGCCGCAAGGCGACGGCGCUCGAGUUUCUCUGCUUCCGCAAGGCCCGGCCGAGGGAGAGGGACAGGGAGAGGGACAAGGAGAGGGAAAAGGGCAGCGACGCCGCCACCGCCGGCGCUGCUGCUGCUGCUGCUGCCAGUGGCGGAAGCGGUGCGGCGGCGGGAGAGAGGGCGAGAGAGGAGCGGAGGUGA